AGAUGAGAUUGACUCGGAUUUUGCGUGUUUUAAUCAGAAGAAAAGACGGGCAGGCCGAAUGGAAGGAAAUCACGGAAAAUCAGUUACCUAAAGGAGGAAAGAAGCUUUCUUUUAGAGAGAACUCCCUAAUCGCAUUUGGAGUAGGCAUGCUGAUAUUUUCUUAUGCCUACUUCCAAGAUGAGAUCAAUCCUGAUUCAAAGUGGGCUAAAGCAUACCGCACGUUCACACGAGAACCUCUUGCCUGGCUCACCAAGGGGCAAACCGAUUCGCCUGUCUCAUCUGAUCACAAGCCUCCAGUUUUCUAAUUUGCUCGGUUGUUUUUUAGCAUUUAUUUCCAAAGUUUCGUUAGUUAUUUGUACAUAAACCUAUUAUUUUUUC